UCGGGGGCCCGGAAGGGGCCGAGGGGAACUCAAGGGAGCGCGCGGCUGACGACAGUCGGUCCCCAGCGAUGCUGCAGGCAGUCCGCUGACAGCACCCUCUGCCUCGGAGAUGAGGAUGAGUCCCUGGUCGCGGCGAUGGAUUUUACGCGUGGUUGUUAUUUAGAAGUACUUUUAUGCUUCGUUUUCGUUGUGGAUCUUCUUGGGACAGGUGCCACGCCCCCUGGAAGGCUGCCAAUCACAGCGGACCCGUGCUCGUCGGACCCGUGCCAGAACCGCGCGCUGUGCCGUAGCCGCGGUAACGGGUUCGCCUGCUUCUGCGUGCCGGGCUUCCAGGGGCGGCGUUGCCAGAUCGACGUCGACGAGUGCGUCUCGGCGCCCUGCCUCAACGGGGCCACCUGCGAGGACCGGGUGGGCCGCUUCACCUGCCGCUGCCCCCCGGGGUUCACAGGGAGCACCUGCCAGCUGCAGAUUGACAAGUGCCAAUCACAGCCGUGCCUGAACGGGGGCGGUUGCCAUGACACCAACCAAAGCUUCGCGUGCACCUGCCCGCCCGGUUUCCACGGAGACCGCUGCGAGUGCCAGAGUGGGCCGUGCCAGGACGGGGGUCCGUGUUUAGAGGGGUUGAGUGUAGACGGGUACGGCUGUGUCUGCAGUGGCGAGAACUGUGAACCGCCUGCGCCGCCAUGCAAGUCCGAACCGUGCUUCAACAGCGCCCCCUGUCAGGACAAUGGAAGCAACUACACCUGCAAAUGCUGGCCAGGGUUCAGCGGGCCCCAGUGUGAGCGGGACAUCGGGGAGUGCUCCAGCGGGCCCUGCCUUCACGGGGGCCGGUGCGUGGAGCGCUCCUGGCAGGCCCUGUACGGCAGCGAGGCCCUGCUGCCGGGCCCCUACAGCCCCCAGACCGCCCAGGGGUUCCUCUGCAGCUGUCCCCCAGGAACCACAGGCUCCCUGUGCCAGGAGCUGGUGGACGAGUGUGUCAGCGCCCCCUGUCGGCACGGAGGCCGCUGUGAGCCCCGCGCGGGGGGCUACUCGUGCCUCUGCCCCCCGCGGAGCGCGGACGGCGUCCUCUACGGCGGGGCGGACUGCGCCGUGCCGCUGACGGGCUGCGACGGCCACCAGUGCCAGAACGGCGGCGGCUGCUGGCCCCUCCUCCACGACGACGGCCGCACCCACGGCUACUCCUGCUCCUGCCCCCCCGGCCUCACGGGGGCGCUGUGCCAGACCCCCACUGCCUUCUCCUUCCAGCGCAGCGGGCACCUGCGGCUGCAGAGCCCCCCGCCGCCGCCACCGGACGGCCAGGCCUCCUGCAACGUCACCCUGAGCUUCCGCACGGCGCUGCCCGGGGCCGUGCUCUUCCAGCGGGGCGGCGGCGGCGGCGGCCUCCUGCUGGUUCUGGAGCUCCGGAGGGGGCGGCUGCGCCUCACCCUGGGGGAGGGGCCCUCGGGAGAGGAGGAGGAGGAAGAGGAGGAGGAGGAGGAGAGCCAGACCCUGGAGCUCGGGCGCGCCGUGGCGGACGGGGAGUGGCACACGGUGGAGGUGCUGCUGAGGAACGGGACCCUGGGCCUGGCGCUGCUGGGGGAGGCGGGGGGCUGCCGGGAGGGGGACUGCCGGGCCUCGGCGGCCCUCCGGAGCUCCCUGUCGGCGCUGCCGUCCCCCCUGGAGAACACCUUCGUGGGGGGGCCGUCGGGUGGUCCCGCGGGCACGGGGCGGCGGCGGCGGCGGCGGCGGCCGGCGUUCGUGGGCUGCAUGCGGGACGUGCUGGUGGACGGGCAGGUGGUGGUGCCGGGGGAGUGGCUGGGGGACUCCGCCCUCAACGUGACGGCGGGCUGCAGCCAUCGGGACCGCUGCCUGGACGCGCCCUGCCGCCACGGGGGCCGCUGCCUCAACCUGUGGCAGGCCCGGCGCUGCCGCUGCCCCCGGCCGUACCGGGGGCCCGACUGUGGAGAGGAGCUCGCCCCGGCCCGCUUCGGGGGCGGCGACUCCCUGAGCUACGCCCUCUUCUCCGUCACAGACCCCCUCGGCACGGACCUCGCCGUCUCGCUCUUCCUGCGGACGCGGCGCCCCACGGGGCUCCUGCUGGCCGUCGCCCCCGGCAACGGGAGCGACGGGGGCCCGUACCUGCGCAUGUGGCUGGAGGGCGGAAAGGUCAAAGUUCAGGUCGACGGCUCGGAGCGGCUGGAGUCCCGGAGCGCGCUCGGCGACGGGGAGCGCCACUUUGUGAGCGUGGAGGUGGGCGGGGCAAGGGGCGGAGUCACGCUGUUCGUGGGGGAGGAGCAGCAGGGCCACGCUCCCCAGGCGAGGCCCCUGGACGUCCGGGCGGGGGCCCGGGUCUCCGUGGGGGGGCUGCAGGAGGAGGGGCCGGGGCCCGGCUCGUUUAAGGGCUGCGUGCAGGACCUGAGGAUCAACGGCCGGAGGCUGCGGUUCUUCAGCCCGGGGGGGGCCCCAGCGAGGUCCUUCCCCCUGGAGGCCACGGUCAACGUGAGCGAGGGAUGCACCGGGGACGACGCCUGCCUGGCGAGCCCCUGUCUGAACGGAGGCCAGUGUCUCUCUCUGUGGGACCACUUCACCUGCACCUGCCCCUCCCACACAGCAGGGCGGCGCUGUGAGGAGGUCCGCUGGUGUGAGGCGGCCCCCUGCCCCGCGGGCGCAGUGUGCCACCCCCUCCACCAGGGGUUCGAGUGCCUCUCCAACGUGACCCUGCUGAACGACAGCAGCGUCCUGUCCUACCGGGGGCGGGGCCUCCUGUCCCGGGACGUCGCCAGCCUGACCCUGAGCCUGCGCACCCGGCGCCGCCACGCUGCCCUGCUCCACGCCGAGAGAGGCUCCGCCUUCAUCACCCUCUCGCUGCAGGACGGGCGGCUCUGCAUGGAGCUGCAGAGCCACGAGGAGGAGAAGGAGGAGCUAUCCACGGUCAGCCUGACGAGCCGGCGGCUGGUGAGCGACGGCGAGUGGCACAGCGUGCACCUCUUCAUGGCGGCCCCGUGGGCGCGGCGAUCCCGCUGGACCCUGGUCCUGGACGAGGACCUGGAGGGGGCCAGCACCUCGGCCGCGCCGGGGGGCGGCAACCUCAACUUCCUGCGGCGGGGCGUGGACAUCUUCCUGGGGGGGCUGGGGCCCGGCGUGGGCUGGGGCCUGGUGGGCUGCCUGGGCCCCGUGGAGCUGGGGGGCGUGGCCCUGCCCUACUUCGGCCCCGCCCAGCUGGGGGUCCCGCGGCCGCAGGCCGAGCGCUUCGAGCUGACGUCGGCGCCGCCGGCCCGGGGCGGGUGCGGGGGCGGGGCCGUGUGCGAGCCCGACCCCUGCCUGAACGGGGGCCGGUGCCGGGACCUCUUCGACCUGCACCGCUGCGAGUGCCCCGAGGGCUGGGCCGGCCGCCGCUGCGGCGCGCUCGUCGACACCUGCGCCUCGGGGCCCUGUCUCCACGGCAACUGCAGCGUGGCGGGCCCCGGGUACGCGUGCGCGUGCCACGUGGGCUUCGCCGGGCCGGACUGCGGGGAGGAGGCGGACGUGUGCGAGGGCCACCUGUGCGGCCACGGGGCCACCUGCCUGCACGGCCCCGGACGCUACGCCUGCCUGUGUGCCGAGAACUACACGGGGCCCCUCUGCAAUGAACGAGUUGAAGAGAUACCGUGGUACAUUGCUGUCAGAAAUAUACGGCCCCCCAAGCUCCCCGUGUCCUUCUGCGGCGACGAGACCCGGAACUACACCUGCUUCAACGGGGGCAACUGCACCGAGCGCCAGCUGUCCUGCGACUGCCGGCCCGGCUUCACGGGACACCGGUGUGAGCAGGAGGUGGACGAGUGUAAGUCCAACCCCUGUCUGAACGGGGGCUACUGCCGCAACCUGAUCAACAAGUUUUCGUGCGUGUGCGACAUGAGCUUCACGGGCGAGGUGUGCCAGACGGACCUGACCUCCGGGGCCCUGUCCUCCCCCCUCCUGCUCCCUGUGACCCUGCUCUCGGUGCUCCUGUUCCUGGCUGUGGUCGGCUCCGCCGUGGGCCUGGCCGUGGCCCUCAGCCGGAGGGCCACACACGGGGCCUACAGCCCCAGCCGGCAGGAGAAGGAGGGCUCCCGCGUGGAGAUGUGGAACAUCACCCAGCCGCCACCCAUGGAGAGACUCAUCUGAGGAGGGGCCCCAAGCGCGCCCAACGCACACCGCACGACGGGGCCCUCA